CGCUAUGGUCCUGAGCCCACCAGGGCCGCCUCCCCUUGCCCCACCAACAUUCCCAACUUCAAUACUUUCUGCCAACAACCUGUCAGCAUGCCAGCUUUCGUGAAUUCCAUCCCCCCAAAGCCUGGAGGCAUUGCAGGUCAGCUCUCAGAGGGAUGGGGAGGGCAGGAGGUACCAGUGGGGAGGUAGGGCUGGCCACAGAACUUUGGGUAGAAGGAAACAGGAUACUGUCCUAUGAGCCGAGGAAAGAGACAUGGCUCCUGCCUUCAAGAAGCCCCCAGUCUGAAAAUGGAAAGUCAUCCCCACUCCCCACUCCUGCCCUCCGGAAGCCUAUUGUUGUGAGAAGGGAGGUAUGAUCCUUGGCUUCAGAAAACUGAUGAUGUAAGUGGUGGGGGAGGGGGGGGAAUAUGUCCCUGCCCUGCCGGAGACUCUGGUCUAAGAGAAGACUGGACUAGGCACGCAUCCAAGAACCAAAGGUGGGGUGGGGAACUGAGGGAUGCACUAUGGAAUGAGUAGUGCAGGGCAGGGGAAUCAGGAAAGGCUUUCUGAGAGAGGGCGGAGCACAGGACCUAGUAGAGAGGAGGGAAGAUGUCCAAACAGCAGGGACAGAAAUGAGGACAGGCUUGCCUAGUUGGAAUAAGGAAUGGGAGCUAAAGAAUUUGGACACUGGCAGAGUCAAGAGCUGGAUGAAACAGGUCCUGGAGUGACUCUUUUCAUAGCCCUUUAUGGAUAUGAUGCUAGGACUGAAGAUGACCUCACCUUCGCCAAAGGAGAAAAACUCCACAUCCUCAAUGACACUGAGGGUGACUGGUGGGAGGCCAGAUCCCUGAGCUCUGGACGCACUGGAUACAUCCCUAGCAACUAUGUGGCUCCUGUGAACUCCAUCCAGGCAGAAGAGUGGUACUUUGGGAAGAUAGGUCGAAAGGAUGCUGAAAGGCAGCUGCUGAACCACAACAACCCUAGAGGAACCUUCCUUAUCCGGGAAAGCGAGACCACCCAAGGGGCCUAUUCUCUGUCCAUCCGAGACUGGGACGAGAAUAAAGGGGACCACAUAAAACAUUACAAAAUCCGUAAACUGGACAAUGGCGGGUACUACAUCACCACCCGGGUCCAGUUUGAUUCUGUCCAGCAGUUGGUGCAGCACUAUACUGAAUUCAACGAUGGACUGUGCUACCUACUCACAAAGCCUUGUGCCGUCAUGAAACCAGGAACCCUAGGCCUGGGUAAAGAUGCCUGGGAGAUCAACAGAGAAUCCAUCACCCUGGACCAAAAACUGGGCAUGGGCUGCUUCGGGGAUGUAUGGAUGGGCACUUGGAAUGGCUGCAUCAAGGUGGCGGUGAAGACACUGAAGCCUGGCACGAUGUCCGCACCCGCCUUCCUGGAGGAGGCUCAGAUCAUGAAGAAGCUACGUCACGACAAGCUGGUGCAACUGUAUGCCGUGGUGUCCGAAGAGCCCAUCUACAUCAUCACAGAGUUCAUGAGCCAUGGAAGUCUGCUGGAAUUCCUCAAAGAGGGUGAAGGCCAAGACCUGAGGCUGCCCCACCUGGUAGACAUGGCGGCUCAGGUGGCCGCAGGCAUGGCAUACAUGGAGCGCAUGAAUUACAUCCACCGGGACCUACGGGCAGCCAAUAUCCUUGUGGGGGAUGGAUUGGUGUGCAAGAUCGCUGACUUUGGACUGGCACGGCUCAUUGAGGAUGAUGAAUACAAUCCCCGUCAAGGAGCCAAGUUUCCCAUCAAGUGGACCGCUCCAGAGGCCGCGCUGUUUGGCAGGUUCACCAUCAAGUCUGACGUCUGGUCUUUUGGGAUCCUGCUCACUGAACUCAUCACCAAGGGCCGGAUUCCCUACCCAGGUAUGAAUAACCGGGAGGUGCUGGAACAGGUAGAGCGAGGGUACCGAAUGCAGUGCCCCCCGGGAUGCCCAUCAUCUCUAUAUGACAUCAUGGAACAGUCAUGGCGUCAGGUUCCAGAGGAGAGGCCUACUUUUGAAUACCUGCAAUCCUUCCUUGAGGACUACUUCACAUCCACUGAACCCCAGUACCAACCGGGUGAUCAAUCCUAGCCCCUACCUCAUGCCACCAGAACACUGGACACCAUGAAGUGUACCUACUAUGGCACCCUACUAGUCACUCAGCCCUGUCCCCAGCAGCUUCAUUCCAGGGUCUGGCUUGAGGGACAAGUCAAGGACAUCUUCUCUAAUUCUCACCUCUACUCCAGGCACAACUUCCCCAAAAGGAUGAACUUGAAUUUCCUGGGAGUCUGGCCUCUACUCCUAACCUUCAAGUUUCACUAGUCCAUCCUUAGCCUUCCCAUAAAUCUUAGGGUUCAUCCUCUUGGUGCCCCAGACCCCUCUGCUCUGACAUUAUUUAUGAAGCUAUUUUCCCUUUCUCUGGUCCUUGCACUCCUCCAAUCUUCACCCCUCCACCCACAGGCCCUUCCUCUUGCUUUUUUCUUUCCCUCUCUUGUGGCUCCCCAUCUCUGUCCCCUCCAGAUUCUUUUGGCUUCUCUUGCUGCUGCUGUGCUGGAACCAGGGGUGGGUUGAAAGGACACACUUACCUACUCUCUGUAGCCCCGUGUUAAUUCUUUAAUCAAAUCUGUAUAAUAAAGGAAAAAAACUAUU